AUGCAAUACAUUGGUGAUGAAAUUAAGAUAAAUAUUUUCAAAUAUGUCAAUUAUCCUCUCAAUUUAGCAUUAACUUGUCGUAACUGGUCAGUUUUUAUCAAAAACCCAUAUGCUAAAUCUGAAUGGUUGAUUGUAAAUUACGGGAAAGAACAUUCAUUAUUUUAUGCAAUAAACUUAGGCCCCACUUUUAUUGAUAUAGCUGUAUGCCAAACUUUAAUUGCAAGAGAUAUUAUAGUAUUUACAAGAUAUUUUACUCAAAGAUUGAUUCAACUCAAAAUAGAAUAUAACGAUAAUAUUAAUCAAAUUGGUGCUGAUAGAUUGUCAUAUGUGAGCAAUUUACCAGUAUCCGUAUUCAUCUAUUUAUUUAACGAAGGAUACAAACAAUUAUCUACCAAAAAUUUAACAUCUAAAUGCAAUGAUAUUCACGCUAUUCCUCGAAGUCUUCACGUAAUAAACAAUUCCCUAGGAAGAAACAAUCUAAAAUAUAUCGAAAAUUUAAUUUUAAAUAAACGAUCCACCCUGUUUCUUCGUAGACCCAAAGUAUCUCUUCCGGAUUUAAAUAGUAAUCCCAAACAACUCAAGGAUGGUUAUCCUUUGCGACAAGAAAGUUUUUCAAGGCAAUAUAUCCAAACAAGACCUGUAACUGUCUUUACUCUUUUCACUAAUAACUUUGGGUCACCUAUUGCACAACUUUCAAGAAGCAUUAAUCAAAGAAGGCAUAAUCAACUUAGAAGACGACGAAUCAUAAAUAGAAGCUACCAAAGAUAUCGACGCAAUGCAUCAAUAAAUAAUGAAGAUACAUUGAAUCGAAUUGCAAACCUUCCUCGACAAAUUACAAAUGAUCCAUUGAUACAACAAUUCUUCAAUGGUUCUUCGUUCAUUUAA